AUGGCCUAUACUGCAUUGGUCACGCCGCUCCAGGUUUGUUUGCUCGACAUCUCCUUCGACACCUUGUUCGUGAUGAGCAUGUGUACGGAUUUCGUGUUCUUGCUGGACAUGGUUCUGCAGUUCUUCACAACAUACGCUCGGACGACUCCCAGUGGUGUUGUUUGGGAGGUGAGGCUGGAUAUGAUUGCGAAGCAUUAUUUGCACUCGUGGUUCCUCUUCGACUUGUUGACCGUCAUUCCUUUCGAUCUCCUAGGCCUGCUCACGAAUGCGGAAGCAUUGAAAGACCUGAAGAUGGUCAAGGUGAUUCGAACGCUGAGACUGGUGAAACUCGUCCGGCUGCUGAAGUCCUCGAACCUCCUGCAUCGUUUGGAGAUCCCGUUCUCCUUGCCGUACCAGCAGUUCGCUUUACUGAGAUUUCUCUCCGUGCUUGUAUUGAUGUGUCACUGGCUAGCCUGUGUGUGGGCAUUGACGCUGCAGCUGGUUGACCGCGACUAUCCCCAGUGGAUCGACGAUGUGGAGGCCGUGGAUGGUGAGUUUGGCAUCCGAACCCGUGAAUCCGCAUGGCGAAUUUACGUUGCUUCCUUCUAUUUUUGUAGCUACACCAUGACUUCGGUGGGCUAUGGGGAUUUCGGGCCGAAGAACAUCCUGGAGCGUCUCGUGUGCACGAUGAUGGUGAUGGUCUCUGGGCUGUGCUGGGCCUACAUUCUCGGCGAAGUUUGUGCCAUCGUGGCGGACAUGAAUGCUGACAGUCAGCUCUUCCGGAAAAAGAUGCACCAGCUGAACGUCAUGAUGCGAGAUCAAGGACUACCCCACGAGCUUCGCAGUCGGUUGCGCAGCUUCUUCUUGCAAAACCGACACCAGAUCCAGUAUCAGAAGCAACUUCAGCUCCUGGACAACAUGAGCCCGAGACUCCAGGCGGAAGUCUGCAGAGUGCUUACGUUGACCUGGAUCCGGAAGGUGCCCUUCUUCCUACAGUUCAUGAAUUUGACGGAAAGGAUGGCCUCCAGAGGUAUGCAGACUGCUACCUUCGAAGCCUGCAUCGCUGACAUCUCCCGGAGACUUCAAUGCACGGCCUAUGCGCAGGCAGACUGCUUUACCAAUGUCCAGGUACUCCACAUCCUGUCCAAAGGCCUUGUCGCACUGGACAACAGAUUUGGAAAGAUGGGCACUGUCUGGGGGGAAGAUUUCGUCCUGGCCGACAAAUCCUUAAUCCAUGUGGUGAACUGCGUGGCCAUGUCAUACUGUGAAGUGUUUUUUCUGACCCGGGAGAACUUCAUGGCUGUGGUCGAAGAGGAGUACCUGCCCUGA